AUGUCUGUACUAGUAACAGGAGCCACUGGAUUCAUCGCCCUACACAUCGUUGAAGACCUAUUGAAAGAAAACUACAAGGUCAUCGGCACUGUCAGAUCGACUGAAAAGGGCGAUAAUUUGAAGGCUCAGUUUGGCAACAACCCUUCGUUAUCCACUGUAGUGGUAAAGGAUAUUGCUGCUGCCAAUGCCUUCGACGAGGUUUUCGAACAGCACAAGGAUGAAAUUAAAAUAGUUUUGCACACAGCAUCGCCAUUCCAUUUCAAGACCACGGAAUACGAAAAAGACUUACUUAUUCCUGCCAUUCACGGCACAAAAAGUAUUUUGGAGUCUAUCAAGAAAUAUGGUGCUCAAACCGUCGAGAGAGUGGUGGUAACUUCCUCGAUCGCUGCUGUCAAGGACACCGCCAGGUUCGCUGAGGCAGACUUCGUAUACACCGAAGACGCAUGGAAUCCCGUCACUUGGGAAGGAAGCACCGUUAACGCACCGGACGCCUACAGAGGAUCUAAGAAAUUCGCAGAAAAGGCUGCUUGGGAUUUCCUGGAAGAGAAUAAAGACGUUGUUAAAUUCAAACUGGCUACUGUCUGUCCAUCGUUGAUCUUCGGACCUCAAACUUUUUCCAACAGCGUCACUGGUCAACUGAACACAUCAUCUGAGGUCAUCAACUCGUUCUUGCACGCGGGCCCAGAGGCAGACCUUUCUAGCUUGAAGAACGAUUUUGUCGACGUCCGCGACGUUUCCAAAGCCCACUUAAUCGCUUUCCAAAGUGAUGCUGCCAUCGGUCAAAGACUAGGGCUUUCUUCAGGUCAAUUCAACAGUAAGGACUUGUCCGACGUUUUGAUCAAAAAAUUCCCAGAGUUGAAGGGUAAACUGCCCAAGACUACCGCAGAGGGUGCAUACAAGACGGAACCAUAUGCCCGGUUCGAUAACUCGAAGACCAAGAAGAUCCUUGGUUUUGAGUUCAUCAAUCUUGAGCAAUCUGUUUAUGAUACUGCCAAGCAGAUCUUAGAUGCCGAAAAGAGCGUGUAA